AUGUCUUGUACGGCCCCCAGCAAUGCCGACGGCUUGAAGCUGGGUGCGCCCGAGCCCACGAUGGCUGCGGAGCCGACACUCCCAACCCCCGGGGACCAGCAGCACGGCGAGGCCGCCUCUUUGGUGCCGGUGCUGCGGGUGACGGUGAUGUCGUGGUGUUUCCAGUUCCUUCUGGACCUGCUCUGGAUCCCCCUCGCCGCGUACUUCAAGGACAGGGGCCUGAGCCUGCGCUUCCUCGGCAUGGUCUUCGCCGUGAACCUCGGCGUUCGUAUCGUGCCCAAUGUGCUCGCGACGCAGGCAGGCGUUAAGAGCGACCUGGUGUGCAUGGCGUGCGGUCUGGUCUGCUUCAGUGUCAACUACGUCUUCCCAGAUGACACGUGGGCCAUCUUUGUGAUGGCUGCUGGCGGAGGAAUGUGCUUCGUGCGCGCGCACCUGUCCGUGCACGCCAAGCUGGCGGCCCGCGGCUGCAAGGAGAACCUGAGCCUGGCGGCCAAGUGGUCCGGUGCGGCCAGCCCCGCCCGCUCUGUCCGUUUCGGCCUGGUGGGCGGCCCUCGCGUCCGCGGGUGGACGCUGCGCAGAGAACCGGCGGAGGUGCGCUCCGGGGAGAGGUCCGCAGUGCCCUGGAUCGACUGGGUCAUGGCCGCGGCCUUCUGCAUCACAGAGCUGCAGAUGAACGUCCAGGGCGCAGGAGGAGGCGCACCCCUGGCGGGCAGAUACUCUCCCAGAACUGACCAGCGGGCGGCCGGCGAGCAGCAGGCGCGAGGCUCCGCGCAGUCCUGGAGCGGCGGGAUGCCGCUGGAGGGCGGCCAGGCGGCGGCCGUGCCCACGACGCUGAUGCGGCAGUUCGGGAUGCCCGUGUCGCUCUGCGGGCCCAUCCAGGCCGGGGCGCCGCGCCACGGAUUCGAGCGGCCCCGCGCGCGGGGCGAGGCGCUCCCCGCGCAGGCCGUCGGGCAGCUGGUGGCGAUGGGAUUCCUGGUGCUGCUGUCGAAGGGGUACGCGGGCAUCUUCCAGAAGAGGCCCCUGAACCUGAUCCUGGCCUUCUUCGGCGCCGACGGCGGUAGCCACGGCAGCGAUGUCAAGAUCCUUUCGGACCCCAGGGACCCCGUUGGCAUCCCGUGGAGGUUCGAGGAGUAUCGAGGUUGGCAGCGGGCCAAGAGGCGGUGGACUUACUACGAGGACUUCGGCGAUGACCAGUACGACGAGGAGACCGGUGACCUCGAGGAGGACGCCUACUGGACCCAGGACAGCGACGGCUACUGGUACGAGUGGAGUGACGACCACGCCUUCACCAUCGAGGACGGCACCGACCAGUGGAUAGCCAACGAGGACCCCGAGCACCAGCAAAUACGAGUAACGCUACGCGAGUCGCGCGAGAAGAUGAAUCAGAUGCGGGCAGCACGGGGGCUCUUUCAGGCCAAGAUCGACGCGGUGUUGGACGAGAGCACGGCGGCAGGUUGCAAGCCGAGUGGCAAUCCUGGCGGCAAAGGCAAGUUCAACGGCAGCGAGAACAAGAGCGAGCGGGAGACGGUCGCGGAGAUCUACGCAGCCGGGGCGGGCCGCUUGGCCGAGUCGCUCUCGCGCCCGGCCGCCGCCGUCGAGGCGGACGCGGCGCGUGCCGCUCUGCUCGGGCUGCUCGGGUCCGCGGCCUUCGCGGGGCGUGCGGAAGACGGCCACCCCUCGGACAGUCAGUACAAUCGCGGAUCCGCCUACACCGCGCAGGUGACGAUGCUCGAGUGCCUGACGGGCGUGCUCGACAUGCAGAACGCCAUAGUGGUGAUCGGCAUCUCAGAGAUGAUCGGCUGCGGCUGCUCUCUCUUCGGCGGCUACCUCGGGCCAGUGCUGCUGGAGGUCGGCCCGACCGCGCCGUUCCUCCUGCAGCUCGUCAUCGCGCUCGUCACGACGCUGCUGCUCGCGUUCUGCCUCGGGCACCGCGCGAUGUCGCAGAUGGUGGUCGUUUGUGAGACCCAGGAACAGUACCUCGCCAGCGUGCUGAGCAUGCAGGACGACAGCAGCCCCAGCGCCAGCCUCCGCAAGAGCUUCAGCCAGAGCCUGCUGGGCCUGCACCACAUGAGCAUGCGGCCGGAGAGCUACAUCGGGGUCGAGCAGCUGUACCGCAAGCGCAGCCCCUCCGACAUGCAGGCCGCCGCGGGCGAGGCGCCCGCCGCCGGCGGGCUGCGCCAGGCGCUGCUAGCCCACCCGACGCCCGCGCGCGCUGGCCUCGACGCGGUCGAGCGCGUGAGGAGCGACGGCGGCGCAGUGGACCGCAUCAGGAGCCAGGAGGUCCCGAUUCCCGACAUCGUCACCUCCACGUUCGAGGGGAGGCAGCUCAAGAAGGCCAUGGCUUGCUUCGACCGCGCCUACGUGGACCUCGACACCGAGGACUACGUUGUUGACAGGCUUCUGGUCCAGCAGCUGGUGAUGAAGGAGAAGAGCCACGAGGGGUGCCCCGCAUAA